AUGGAUCGCGAUAUCGAAAAGACGUCAAUAGACGAAGGAACUCUGAAGUCCGAGCCAGUAUUCUUACCUGUUCGCCCAGGAACAACAGAAGCCAUGAGAGCUCGCUCCAGAGCAUCCAGAAACCUCUCUCGCUGCCAGUCUCAGAAUGGUUACAGCUGCAACCCUUACCAGAAGCCUGACAUUGAUGAUAAUGAUGAUGAAAAUGCGCCAGAGAAGGACCCCUUCGAGGUUGAUUGGGAAAACAGAGACAGUGAUCCCUGGUAUCCGCGCAAGUUUGUCAAGAUGAGAAAGUGGUUGAUCAUCUUUAUUGUUUCGUCUGCAAGUCUAUGCGUAACUGCCGCAAGUUCCAUCUACACAUCCACCUACGAGCAGAUGGAGGCUGAAUUUGGCAACUCGCGGGAGAUAUCUAUCCUAGGUCUUUCAACCUUUGUCCUAGGAAUUGGUCUUGGACCCAUGUUCCUGGGACCCAUGAGUGAAUUCUAUGGUCGAAGACCUAUUUACAUUGUCUCAUGGUCUAUGUACUUGAUUUGGAUUAUUCCACAAGCUGUGGCUCAGAAUAUUGAGACUAUCAUCGUGAGUCGGUUUCUCGACGGCUUCUCAGGCAGCGCAUUCCUUGCUGUAUCCGGUGGUACUGUCGGAGAUCUCUUCACUGCCAACGAAAUACAAGCGCCCAUGUUGAUGUUCUCCAUUGCACCCUUUGUAGGACCUUCGAUCGGGCCCUUGAUUGGAGGCUUCAUCAAUCAUAAUGUUGACUGGAGGUGGACGCAUUGGACACUGCUAAUAUGGGCGGGCAUUUUAUGGAUGGCCAUUGUACUUUUCGUCCCUGAGACGUAUCAUCCCAUCGUUCUCAGAAAUAAAGCAAGACAUAUUCGGAAAGAGACAGGCGAUGAUAGAUGGAAGGCUUCUACAGAAAGGAUGGAAAGGUCGGCCAUCAGCGCAAUCGGACGAUCUCUCCUACGCCCCUUUCAGCUCCUCAUCUUCGAGCCUAUGUGUCUCAACCUCUGCAUCUUUACAGCCAUACUCCUCGGUAUUCUCUACCUCUUCUUCGGAGCCUUCCCUCUUGUCUUUGGCAAGCUUUACAACUUUAGCCUCUGGCAAGUCGGCCUAUCCUUUCUGGGCAUCCUUGUGGGCAUGGUGGCCGCUGCAGGACUCGAUCCUGUGUGGCACCGCAUCAGGAGUAAUCUCAUCCGCAAGCUGAGCACAGAAACAGGCGUUCAGGGCAACAGCCAGCCCGAGUUCAGACUCCCACCAGCGAUCGUGGGGGCUCUCAUCGUGCCUGUUGGUAUCUUCAUGUUUGGUUGGUCUUGUUAUCCCUGGAUACACUGGAUUGUGCCCAUUAUUGGAUCAGCCAUAUUUGGGUCUGGAAUCCUUCUUGUGUUUAGCGGAGUCUUUACGUUUCUUGUGGAUGCGUAUCCGCAGUACGCUGCGAGUGCAUUGGCUGCCAAUGCCUUUGUGCGUUGUGCUUUUGCUGCUGCAUUUCCCCUGUUUGGCAACCAGAUGUACAAAAAACUCAAUAAUCACUGGGCUUCGACACUAUUGGCAUUCCUAACAGUUGCUAUGAUGCCCUUCCCAUAUCUCUUCUAUCGUUAUGGAAAGCGGAUCAGGGCCAAUAGCCGCUUUGCUACUUCUUGA